GCACUGCAACGAGAAGGGUGCACGGUAAAAGGAGGAGAGGCAGUCACACACCAAGCUGGCUUGGGGAGGAAAGCUCACACAACACAAACUCCAGGAGGGAAGGAGGUGCCAUCCACCUCAAAGAUUUGCAGCCAGCCAAUCGCCUGAAAAGCCAGCCCCACCCCCUUCACUGAGUACUCAAGGCAAAACAUUUGGCUAGAUCUGGGUGAAAUUCCAGCAGAAAUGGCAACAAAUCAGUGAGGCUGCAGCUAAUCCUCCCAUCCUGGAAAAUAUCCUUGCUUAACGGAUCUCUUGUUUAAAGACACCUAUGAAGCUAGAACCCAGGAUCAAUUUACAAGAACCCUUUUUUGUUACUUAAAAAAGAAUCAGGAAAUACUUAUCACACUGGAGCAUUACUGGUAUUUGCAUUUUUAAAUGUUGACUGGACUAUUGCUCCUUUGUUCCAGCUAUGAAUGAAAAUACAGAGUCAACUCUUGACCCCAACAAAGAUGACCUUCCUCUCAUGGCCAAUACUAGUUUUAUGCUCGUCAGACAUUACGUGCUAGAUCUUGCAGUUAAUUUCGACAGGGAAGUCAUCAACGGUACCAUUGUCCUUUUCCUCGAAACCAGCAAAGUGUACAACAAACCAGCCAAUGCCGAGGGAGCAGGUCGGCACCCUUCAUUGCAGGGAUCUCUUGAAACUGGGCAACUCGGACCUUCAUGCAGUCUCGCUUGUGCAUGCAAAGAUAAGAUGAGCAAUCUAGCUAACUACGGUGAUGGCAGAGUUACCAAUGUUAAUAGUUGUAACCAUAGCAACAAUGAGUGGGCUGGAGGGAUUUCUGGUACAAGGGAGCACUGUGGUGAUGGGGAUGAUUUUGUGCUGGUGCUGGAUUGUUGCGAUCUUGUGGUGAAUAAAGUGGAGGAAGUGAAUGUUGUUGCUACAGCAGGUAUUGACAAAUUGAUCCGAAUAGACAUGAUCAAGCCAGAAGAUGGCAUUUAUUCUCACGGGCUGCAGAAUGAUCUCCAGAGUAGCAUAUUGGAUGCGAUUCUAGGUUUAGCAGCAGAAGACUGGCAGGAGCAACAUAAUUAUUACAUGCAGUGCAGCGAAGCACCUGGCUAUAGUGAGCUCCAGUUUCAAACUGACAUGUGGAGCCUGAAAAUAAAGAAACCAGGAGUACAAAGUCCUAAAGACUUUCCUCGAGUAUUAAGGAUCUGGUACGAAACAAAGCCAGAAGGUGGUUCAGUGAAAUGGACGAAGGAUCAAGUUGGCAGACCGUGUGUAUAUACAGCAGGAUCCCCUAUAAACAACAGAGCAUUAUUUCCAUGUCAGGAACCUCCAGUAGCUAUGGCAACUUGGCAAGCAUCGAUUUGGGCCCCAAACGAUUCUUUGGUUCUAAUGAGCGGUGAAAAUUGUGCUGAACCCCAACAGGAUGGAGCACUUUCAAAAUGGUUUUAUUACGUAACCAUGUGUAUGCCAGCAUCUACUUUCACCCUUGCUGUUGGAUACUGGAUUGAAAUUAAACAUGAAUUUGUCUUUGAAUCCCAGUGGCAAAGUCCUUCAUCCUCAUCUUCAAGCUUUGUAAAAGAAAACUGCAGUGUCUACAUGACAGCCUGUGGUCAUUCAGCCUAUCCUUGCCGAUUCCGAAAUCCUGCUGCCCGAAAUCAAGAUUGUAUUCCUCACCGAGUCUUUGCUCCUGAUUGUCUGAGAUUAAGUAGUCAAGAGUUUCUGCUUCCUCUGUUAGCUCGGUGCCUUUCUGCGGCUCAUUGUAUUCUGGGCACUCACCCUUUCGGCAGAAUUGAUGUGUUAAUUGUUCCUGCUAGUUUCUCUAGUCUGGGAAUGGCCAGCCCACAUAUCAUCUUCCUAUCGCAAUCUGUUUUAUCCGGAGGAAACCAUCUCUGUGGUGUGCGUCUGAGCCAUGAAAUAGCCCACGCCUGGUUUGGAUUGGCUAUUGGUGCUCGUGAUUGGACUGAAGAAUGGAUAAGUGAAGGCUUUGCGACUUAUUUGGAGGAUGUGUUUUGGGCAAAUGCACAAAAGCUUGCACAGGAAGAAGCAAAGGAACAACAGCAGCUGAUGUCCUUACUGCGAUGGCGAAGGCUCAGAGAUGAAAUUCAGAACUCUGAAGAAGAGUUACAAGUACUCAGGCCUAACAAGGAGAACACGGGUGAAGUGAGCAGCCCUGGUGCAACGAUUGUCAAACAUGGUCGAAAUCCAGGAAAGAUCUUCAUGCAAGUUCAUUACUUAAAGGGUUAUUUUCUGCUUCAUUACCUCGAGAACCAAGUAGGACAAAAGGCUUUUCUUGAAUUUUUACGGCUAUUUGUGGAGAGAUUUCAUGGGCAACUAAUUCUUUCUCAGGAUUUUCUGCACAUGUUUAUGGAGAAUUUUCCACAACUGAGAAGUCAGGGGCUGUCCACGGAAACUAUUUAUGAAAUAUGGCUAGAUGUAGCUGGAUUGCCAAAGCCCCUUUUGGAUGACGCUGUGAAGUGGACAGAAACUCGACUUGUCCGUGAAGUGAGGAAUGAGGUCACGAAAUGGGAAGGAAUCAAUCAAAGGUUCAGAAAAGGCUCCCGUAAAAGAAAGCGCCGCCGCAAGGACGAGAUGACUUUCGGAGAGCUUUUGCCAGACCAACUGGUUUUGCUCCUGGAAUUUAUAUUGGAGAUGAAGUCCUUGUCUUCCCAAACACUGCAGACGUUACAGAAGCAGUACUGCCUAAGGGAGCAGGAUGCAGAGGUGCGCCAUCGUUGGUGUGAGCUGGUUAUUAAACACAAACACACCAUGGCAUACGGGGACCUGAUUAAUUUUUUGAAACAAGAUCAGGCAAUGGGAGUCUACCUCUAUGGUGAGUUGAUGGUUAAUGAAGAUGCCAGGCAGCAACAACUGGCUCACAGUUCCUUCACCAUGCUUAAAGAAGAGAUGGAUCCAUCCUUGCUGAAGGUAGUGGCAGAAAUGCUUUUCUAGCCAAGCGAGGGCCAAAGAGGUUAACGCUGGAUAAUUUGAAACUGCGGAGGAGCAAGAGUAGGCGGCGUUAGAAGAAUAUUUUUGCCACUUAUUACACCGCCUCUGGUAAUUGUUAGUAGAAAAGUGCACACUUGUGUCAAAGUUCAGAAUUAUAGUCGUAUUUCACAACAUAUGGGAGGCUUGCGUUCAGGAAAUUGUUAAUUUCCAAAAAUUGGAAAGUGCCUGUUGCUGACAAAAUGAAGACAGCCUGGCUAAUGCUGGAAUGAGAAAUGUUAGUGUUCAGUCCCUUUUACUGUUACAAGGUAAAAAUGUCAGGCACUGUAAGUGAGCAAUAUAAACAACUCCAGUUUAUUCAAGGCAGACAGUAGGAAUGUGAAAGCAGCAUAGACUUCUAAUAGAUGUUUUUACAACCUGCAUCUGACAUUAAUUUAGCUAUAAGUUGCUUCAGACCAAUUUUGCUGACAGGUCCACUGGGGUUCAGAAUUGCACUUGCCAAGAUUAUUUAUAGCCAGGUUUGUUUUAUUUUAAUGUUUAUUAUGGAUAACAUCUUUCAGACUUUAUUACAAGCCAAUCUAUUAGUACAAAUGUUUGAACAUCUGCAAUAAAAUGGUUGAAGGAA